CGGAUGCUGGGAUCUCGCAUUCAUACUGGACGGACUUCACUUAGACAAACACACACAAUGUGCCGCGUAACGGGCGUUCACGAGGUUCCAAAGGCAGCCCUAAAUUGAGAGCUGAGAACUUGAUUGCAGCUCUAGCAGCACCGCCGGACAAAUUUAAAGCUCUAUCGCGCUGUAUUACCUGCUCACGCCAUGAUGCGCGGCGGUGUGUCAACACGAUGGACGCUCAAGUGGAUCAUCGGCGUAACCCAAAGGGCCAUCGACCAUUUGCAGCACACGCUGCCUCAGCGGGAUCGGAGACUGCGGUGGUGACACCGGCCUCAACUGGCUUGAUAGCCCUGCACCGCCGGCGACAAGCGCCGCGUAUCAGAAGGAGCCGCCGCGGAAUGACCCGUUCCAUGGCGGUCACCCGCACGACCUUGGCAGCGGUGGGAGCCGCCAGCCGCUGCCGCAAACUGCCGCCCCGCUGGCGGUGGAGGCGCAUGAGCGGCAGCAGUCGGCCGCCGGCACAUCAUGGCACCAGCUUGCUGGCGGCAAUGGACUCCACGGCUCCGCUCACGCUGUCCGACAGGCCAGGGAAGAUGAAGGUGGAGCAGGGGGAGGUGCAGGUGGAGCAGGGGAAGGUGCUGUUGGGGCACGGGAAGGUGCUGGCGCAGCUGCUCAAGGGGCAGAAGCGCAUGCAAACCGAGCUCACUGGCCUGUCGGACAGCGUGAGCGGAGCCGUGGAGUCCAUUGCCGCCAGCAAGCUGCAGGAGCAGCGACUAAUGGUAGGUGUGCGGUGGGAGCGAGCGUGCGUGCAGCGGAGGACCUGUCCGGGCUGCGGGCGGCCGUGCAGCACCUCACUGCAGGGGCCUGCGCUGACCUGGAGGACCUCCUGCAGGAGCGCGCUGCCGGCGCUGCUGCUUCUGACCCCGCUGCGCGCGGCGGCGGCGGCGGCACACGACGCAGCCAUCGCGCAGGCGCACCUGGCGGCGCUCCGUGCGCUGCAAGACCAGCUGGCCGCGGCAGCAGGCCCCGGGAUGGACGCUGGCAGCGCAGCUGCAGCCCAUGCAGCCCUGGGCGCCGCGCGGCGCUAUAUCGAUGGCACCCGGCGCGGCCGUCACGGCAGCUCUGUUGGCGGCGGCAGCAGCCAGGGUGGUGGCGCGGACCCGACCGACAGUGAGGACGGCAGCGACAGCGACAGCGACGCCGACAGCGACAGCGACGCCGACGCUCAGACGUGCAUGGCGCCGUUUGAUGCGGCCAUGAUGCUGCUGGACGCCGCCCGCCAGGUGGAAGCUGACAAGCUGCUGCUACCACACAUGCUGCGUGACGGUCCGGCCUCGAUGCUGGUGCUGUCGGCACUGCAGCCUGCCGUGCCGCCGCCCGCUGAUGCAGCCAGCGCGAGCAGCGGCGGCAGCGGUGGCGGCGGCGGCAGCAGUUUCGGCGCCACGGGCUCCAUGCCGCCUGUAACGCAGCUAGAGCUGGGUGGGCUGGCUGUGCGGCGGGAGGGCGGUAGUGCCGGAGCGCUGACGCUGAUCAUGUUGGAGGCCAAGUCCAAUAAGUCCGGCCUGCUUGCGGCACGCGCGCAGCUCCAGCGCGCGGGCACCAUAUUGGCGUACGUGUACAACGUCGCCGUGGCUGCAGGCGUGUUCGGGCCGGGGGAGCCGCCGCCGCUGAAUUUGGAAGGCCGCAUCGCUCUGGCGCGCGUGAAGGGGCUGUCGCUGCCGCAGGAGCGCGAGGUCGAGCUGGUGCCCGCGGAGGGCAAGCACCACAUGAUGCGGGAGUGCGUCACUGGACUGUCCGGGAGCAGCCUCAACGCGUGAAGCCUUGGGCUUGCGCUGGGGCUCGGCGGUGGAAGGGGCGCGGCUGCGGAUGGAGCAGGGCAGCGUGUUUCCAACGCAAGGACAGCUCGUGUGCCUGCCGUCGUCUCGGUCGCCUUGUCUGUUUAUGUGGAGCAGGGCAGGCCGCCAAUGCAUUUGCGGCCUGCCCUGCUCCACAUAAACAGACAAGGCGACCGACAUGACGGCAGGCGCCCUAUUUGUAUGUUUGCAAGCGGCUUGGGGACCUUGCACGAUGGAAAUAUCAAUAUUGCAGGAAAAAGCGCUUCAUUCUGUGAAAUGCCGAGCUUGUGAUGAAGGAAGUGCAACCACAGUACGAGGCUGGGGCCCAAUGCGUGGCUGGGUCGCUUGGGGGGGCACAUACCGUAUGUGUAUAAAGAAAGACUUGAUGGCCCGGUAACUAAUGGGCACAAGCCAUGUGCAAUGUAUAUCGUACGUAUGUGCACUGACGAACCAGAGGGCCGAGACCAGAUGCAUCGGUUGCGAUGGGACAGGGUAAGGGGCAGUUUGGCGUAGUCCCGUAGUGUAUUCCCAUACCCCAGCAAUCUACUUGCAACGUCAGGCAAGAUUGCGAGGGUUGUACAACGCCGGAGUUACUACACCGAGACAUCGCUGACUUGCUGGCAGCAGGCAGGCUGGUAGUCUGCUGAUGCGCAUUCCUCAUGCUCCGGUGCACACGGAAGUUCU